CCGAAUCUACUCACUAGGCUUUAGUCAGCUUGGGGCAAGAGUAGAAGACUCUGACUCAAGAUGCCACACAGUGGGACUGAACCCAGAACCAUGUGGUUGGGAAGCAAACCUCUUAACCUCAAAAAUAUACCUGCACCUAUUCUUAAUGCUCUUAAUGACAGCCAUAAAUAAAAUAACUCCUACAUAGGUCAUUUCCUCUUAUCGGUGAAAGCUUAUCAACUCAUCGUUAUAAUUAAUAACAGUUACAUUAUGUUUCCACGUAGUUUGAAUGAGAAUAAUUGUAAGUGUGACAUAGUAAAGCCAUGAAUUUGAUUCUCGGGUUAAUGAUUUCCGUAUUAUUUGUUGACCAUUCAGGGAGUACAUUUUUAAAUUCUUUACAAGAUGUAAAUAAUUUGGACUUUUCCAAGAAAGAAAAGACAGAUCAUACUGGAUUGUUGCUGAAGACUCUCUACCAGAACUCUAAUGUGGCAAUCAUAGUCAGUCAAAUACCUGAAGGAGUGGCAUAUAUCCAAGUUUCUUUGACUAAAUCUAUUUCCUUUGCAAACGUUUCUGUGUCACCAAAUCAUGAAGCCACAGUUCAAGUCAAUUCAUCUAAACUGAAACCUUCACAAAAAUACGAUGUAAAGAUACUUUUGGGAAAAAUCUUUAAUACAGGAACUAUUUAUUGUUUUCCAUCAGCUGUUCAAAUUCCCCCCAGAAAUUUUUCAGUCACAUGUAACAAAGUGGAUGACUAUGUAAAUAUUAAUUUUACACAUCUUAAUGAAGAGACAAGACUAUACACUGUAUUUGUAACACUCCAAGGGGAUCUUACAUUAAAAAUAUUAUGCAAUGACUCAGUAAAUUUGACCAACCAAGAAGCACAAAUGAUCCACAUGCAAUUCAAAUCUAAAUGUUUCCAAUGUGGCUAUUAUUAUUAUGUAAAUAUAAGGAGAGAACACAUUCACCAGACCGACAUCAUGCGAUCAGCGUCACUUUUUAUACCCUGUAAUCCAAUUGUGCAACAAAAGACAGAAGACCUUUGUGUAAGAGCAAAAAUAGAAACUACAACGCAGUCAGAAAAUAUUUCCAGUUCGACAUAUAUGUUAUCUUCAACAUUAAUAACAACAACAACUGAAGUUCCCAAGGAAGAAGACUUUACUAAGUCUAUAAUAACUAUAAUUGUCUUCUUCUUUUUAAUGCUUUUUAUUGGAUCAUUUGUUUUAUUCCGAUAUAUAUGUGGCAGUAAGAACAUUCAAAAACAAUAUGGCUUGGUUAUAUGUUUCCCUCACCCCAUGGAACACUCUACUGCUGUCAAAGAACUAUCAAUAAUGCUAAACAGUUAUACAAGUUUACAUGUCAGAAGUUCCAACGAAAUAAAAUUAAAAAGAAACAAAUUGCUUAAGAAACAAAUUCAACAUGUUUAUGACUAUUUCAACACCUUUAUUAUUGUGCAUUCAGAUGGUUUGUAUUAUCAUUACCAGAAUGAGGAAAAAAAUGGAAUUGGUCAAGAAAUGGCUGAUUUUACAAUUGAGCUUGUUAAAUUCUGCACUAAAGAUAAUAUAAAUAAAUCAAAAAACAUUUUUCAUGUAACAUUUGAAGAUCUAAGUAAUUUUGAAAAUUCUCAGUUAUGCUCUGAUUCCCAAGAAAAUAUGUAUUACUUAUACAGGCCAAAUGUUUUGGGAAAUAAUAAUAGUCUGGACUUGAAUCAAAUUGGAAAUCUCUUGUGUGACAUAAAUGACCAACAGUCUGCAAUACAACCAAGUAGAUACCAUGUAAAAUUCCAAAUGAACUGGAAAGAAAGUCGAGAAAUACAAAAUUUAAAUGAUGCUUUAGUUUCUCGAGACUAUAAACAAAGGAUGUUUCCUAAUUGGUACACUGACAUGUUCCCCAAAUCUGAAAUUAAUGAAACUUUGCCUAACUUCAGUUUUGACAAGAAUUCAAAAGUAUCUGACUCUAUGUCAUUUGAAGUAUAUAAAAACAAUACAUUUAUAAACUCUAGACUGAACGGAGGUGACAGCAUUACCCCUGCUGCCAAUGUAUCAUACUACAUAAUCAAUUUGACACACAAAGCGAAAGUUAUUUCUUGCAAUCAGAACUUCGAACUUCAUGUUCUUGAGUUAAAUGAACAAGUUGUUUGUGUUAAGAUACAACUGAUGAAAGAAGGACAAACUGUCGUGAAAUCUCUACUAAUUUCUGCGAACAAUCAUACAGCAAUUGCCAAAUUUAGACCAGAUUUUAUUGACUCUUCGGAACAGUUUACAAUUACUAUCAGACUGCUGAUGGAAAAACAAGGUGGAUAUUAUUGGAGUCAGGUAUUUAAAUAUGAAAAUAAUGCAAUUCCAGAGUGUGUGUCAUUCCAUUGUAAGAAUGAAAAAGAAUUUUUAGCAAUUAGUUUAAGCCAUCUGGACAAAAGAACUGCAAAGUAUAAUGUAUCCGUCACUUUAAAAAAUGAUCCAUUGCUGAUAACAUGGUGUGAGCAAACAUUUCAUAUGCAUCAUCAAACCAAAAAAGCCCAGGUUUUUUUCAACUACUCUUGCUUCCAAGAAUGUAAACGAACGUAUCGAGUAAUGGUGAAGCCCUUACAACUUAACAAACCAUACUUAGCUACAUUUUUAAGGAUUCCAUGUAAUUGGAACACUUCUUCAGAGCUUCAAGCAAAACAAAACUUGUGUGGAGAUUUUGAACAGGAAACUACACUGGCACCAGUGAGUUUUAUUAGUACAACCAGUCAACCUUAUUUUUCCACAACACACAUCCAGCCACUGAAAGGCAGUAGUCAAGGCUCAGCUAUUUGGAUUUUGAUCCUCGUUUUGAUUUUAUCUUUGAUUAUCUGCUUAUUUAUGAUACUUCAAAGAAGAAAAUGUUUGAAAUAUUUACAGUGCACCAACAUAAACCAGGAUACAGCUCAGCAACAAGGCUUGGUUAUAUGUUUCCCUUACCCCAUGGAGCACUGUGCCGCAGUCAAAGAACUAACAAUAAUGCUAAACAGUUAUACAAGUUUACAUGUCAGAAGUUCCCACAAAAUGAAAUUAAAAAGAAACAAAUUGCUUAAGAAACAAAUUCAACAUGUUUAUGACUAUUUCAACACCUUCAUCAUUGUGCAUUCAGAUGGUUUGUAUUAUCAUUACCAGAAUGAGGAAAAAAAUGGAAUUGGUCAAGAAAUGGCUGAUUUUACAAUUGAGCUUGUUAAAUUCUGCACUAAAGAUAAUAUGAAUAAAUUAAAAAACAUUUUUCAUGUAACAUUUGAAGAUCUAAGUAAUUUUGAAAAUUCUCAGUUAUGCUCUGAUUCCCAAGAAAAUAUUUAUUACUUAUACAGGCCAAAUGUUUUGGGAAAUAAUAAUAGUCUGGACUUGAAUCAAAUUGAAAAUCUCUUGUGUGACAUAAAUGACCAACAGUCUGAAAUACAACCAAGUAGACACCAUGUAAAAUUCCAAAUGAACUGGAAAGAAAGUCGAGAAAUACAAAAUUUAAAUGAUGCUUUAGUUUCUCGAGACUAUAAACAAAGGAUGUUUCCUAAUUGGUACACUGACAUGUUCCCCAAAUUUGAAAUAAAUGAAACUUUGUCUAACUUCAGUUUUGACAAGAAUUCAAAAAUUUCUGACUCUAUGUCAUUUGAAGUAUAUAAAAACAAUACAUUUAUAAACUCUAGACUGAACGGAGGUGACAGCAUAAGUUAUACUGUUUCAGAAACUGGUAAUGAUCAGAUAUCUGUUCUCCUAGAGAGGAUUAAUGAAAGAAAUAACAGAAAUGUACAAAGUACACUUGAGUGUUAGUGGAUAAUUUGCUGGUCAAAUAUUUCAGAGGACACAAACCAGAUUAUAAGCUUGAUGUUCACAAUUUAUAUAAGAGUGGCAUUUAAGAGAAUCUAUUACACGGACAUGGUAAACAUUAUGAGCAUCUUUGUAUUAGAAAUGCUCAGACAGCUCCCUAAAAAUUAAUAACUUCUUUUAUCUAAGUAACCAAAUUAGGAGUGGAAGUGGGUAUACCAAAUGCAUGGGGGUGAGUAAGGAUGAGGUGAAGAAAUUUCAGGGAGCUACUACUUCUACAGAUAAAAGAAGGGUUUCUUUUUCAGAAUGAAGGGUAGACUGUAUGAUGUUUACGCAUGGUGAUAAAACAUGAGCCUUAAAUGCAGAGAUUUUUGUGAGGACUGGAAAGACAUGCAGCAAACAUGUUCAACUGGAUGCGUGAUGUUAGUGUGUACAAUUAACACAAUAUAAAUGAAUUGGAAAAAAAGUCAAAUAUAAAAAGGAAUCAGAUGUGGUGUGUAAGAGAGAAUAUUGCACUUGUCUGGGCAAGUGAUGUCCAUGGAUGAUGACUGUUGUAUAUAUAUAAUAAGUGAUGAGCAAUCAAAGUAGAUGUAACACAGAUGGAAAUCAGAGCUAUGCUCUGAUUUACAAAGUAAUAUCUAUUACUUAUACAGACCAAAUGUUUUGGAAAAUAAUAAUGAUCUGGACUUGAAUCAAAUUGAAAAUCUCUUGUGCGACAUAAAUGACCAACAGUCUGCAAUACAACCAAGUAGACACCAUGUAAAAUUCCAAAUGAACUGGAAAGAAAGUCAAGAAAUACAAAAUUCAAAUGAUGCUUUAGUUUCUCGAAACUAUAAACAAAAGAUGUUUCCUAAUUGGUGCACUAACAUGUUCCCCAAAUAUGAAAUUAAUGAAAUUUUGUCUAACUUCAGUUUUGACAAGAAUUCAAAAAUAACAGAUUAAAAAUGAUUAUGCCUGGGAAAGUAGUUUGAAUUUAGAUUUCCAGUCAAAUAAUUUUGUUUCUGGAACCAUUUUCAUAUUCAGAUAAUAUUUGAGACACUAAAACAGUAACCAAAUAUCUGUAUUUCUCAAGAAAUUAAUUACAAUAACAUUUGAUAUCUUUCAUUUAAAUGUCAUUAAAAUGUAAAUAUGUUGAAAACAUGAGGAGGACCAUGUUGACAAUACUUGGAAUUAAAUAACUGCACAAUCUCUGAUGGAACCAAAAGCUUUGUAGAUGUGGAAUUGGAAUUAACAUAAGUAUAAUAGUUAAAAUGAAGAUUAAAAUUGCAGGGUCCAGAGAAUGUUGCCAUGAAGACUAGAUAGUCUAACAUUUCAGGUUCUUGUUCUUCAGCAAAAAUAGAAUAAAAUGAUGAAGUUAUUAUUUUUUUUUCCUUCUUCAUAUUUAAAUCAAGAAGAAGAUACUGCACAUGGCCCUUCACAGAGGCAUCCUGGAUUGCUGGGAGGGAGGAAGAGAGUUAUCUUCAAACUGGAGAUUUGGCAUAAAUGCUUGCCAUGGUGUAUAUUCCACUAAUGACACCAAGGGUAUCAGGUAUUGGUGUUAAACUAGGUGAUAGAUUAAGUCUACUACUCAAGUAGAUCAUGGUGAGAUUUGAACUCAGAAUAUAAAGAGCUGAAACAAAUACUAUAAAGCAUCCGGUUCAACAUUCUUAUAAGAAGGUAGAGAACAUUCAUCCACCUGUGGUGAUCAGCAUUUGAAAACAAAGCAGCUUUCUGGAACCUAAUCAGAACAUUACAUCAGAAGUUUACUUGUAAACAACUGGAAGAAGUGCAUGUUCACUUGCACAAAAUGAGACCUGCACUUGUUAAUCGAUGUCAUCCAAUUCUGCUCCACAACAACACUCAACUGCAAGUUUCCAAGAUGACCUGCAGAAGCUCGCAGACUUGGGAUAAGAAACUUUACCACAUCUUCCAUAUUCUCCCAAUUCUUUCGUCCACCAACUAUCACAUUUUCAAGUAUCUAGAUACUUUUUUAAGGCAAAAAGCCUUCUGUUCCAAAACAAAGGUCAAAACUGAAUUCAAGGAUUUCUUGGCAUCAAAACCUUUGGAUUUUUAUUGAAGCGACAUAAAUGACCUUGUUAACCAAUGGUAGAAAUACAAAGCUGUUCAUGAAUCAUAUUUUGAAUAAUUAAACCUUUGUGUAAGUUCAGUUUUUCAUGAAUGUAGGCUUAUUUUCAAAAUCGGCCAUUAUUUUCUGAAUAACCUAAUAUAUUAAAACAGUUGUGUUUGUACCAAGACAAAAGAAAUUAUGAACAUAAUAGUAUUUUUGAAAAGUGAUCAUGUAUAAAAUAAUGUUUAUAAUUUUUUAGACAUUACUUUUAUUUCACUUAUAAUUGCUUCCAUUACAGUGCCAAAUUUAUGGUAACAUAAUAAGAUUAAUGAGGGUGGUGGGGAGGCAGAAUUUCUAGAAUGUUAGACGAAAUGUCACUAGGUAAUUAGUUAAGUCUUUUAAUAUUCUGUGUUCAAAUUCUACCUUUUGCCCCUCCAGAGUUGAUAAAAUAAAACACUAAUCAAGUACUGUAGUCAAUUUAAUUGGCUGAACCUUUCCUCUAAACUUUUGGUCUUGUCUGUAUAUUUAGAUAUUGUCACAAUGGGAUAAAUACACAGCAAAGCUUAUUAGUUUAAUUUAUUAUACAUGAGCUUAUACAUACUUAUUAUAAAUAAAUAAAUCAAUAGUUUACAACAACAACCAACAUCAUCAUCAUCAUCAUCAUCAUCAUCAUCAUCAUCAUUGCCAUCACUACCACCAACUUCAUCAUCAUUAUUGUUAUUGUCAAUACUAUCACCACCAGUGUCCUCAUUACUGUCAUUAUUAUUGUCAUCAUCAUCAUCACCAUCAUCAUCAUCAGCAGCAGCAUCAUCAUUAUCGUCACCAUCAUUGUUGUCAUUGUCAUCGUCAUUAUCAGCGUCGGCGUCAUCAUCAUCAUCAUCAUCAUCAUCAUUUUCAAAGUUCCCUGUUGAUCAUGUUUACUAACUUAAUAUGUUAAAAUUUUGUAAUAUCAAGUCUCUUCAGCUCUCAAAGACUUUGGAAAAAAUUCUUGCAGAAUAAAAAGUGAAAACUAGAUCUCAGUU